GUUAAACCUAACACCGCCCAUCAUCUACCUACAAAAACCCAGCCUGCAAUCCUUCAUCUCAAGCGGUUUAUAACACUGCACGCUGUGUUUUUUUGGAUGUGUCGUCCGGCUGCAGCGGUGUUUGCGGUGCUGUCCGCCUGCCUCUGGUACGGUCCGCCUCUGUGCGCGGCCGCGAGAAGCCAGAACCUCAAUUACCGGCCGGUCAUCGGUGUGUUGGCACAGGAAAACCUUCCAGGUGACCAGCUUGCCCGUGGCUCCUCUUACAUCGCCGCCUCAUACGUCAAAUACCUGGAGGGGGCUGGGGCCAGGGUUGUUCCCAUCAGAAUCAAUCGCACAGAAGAAGAAUAUGCAAAGAUAUUCAACUCAAUAAAUGGGUUGCUGCUGCCGGGAGGAGAUGUAGACAUUCAGACAUCCCAGUUCAGUCGAGCCGCAAAGAUCUUUUAUAACCUCGCUCUGAAGGCCAACGAUGCUGGGGACUACUUUCCUAUCUGGGGAACUUGUCAAGGUUUCCAGCAGCUGACUGUCCUCACAGCCAACAAGAACCUGCUGACCCUCACUGAUACCAAGGCUGUGGCUCUACCUCUCACACUCACAACAGCGGCCCAAUCCAGCCGUUUGUUCCGAGGGUUUCCGAAGGAUCUGCUGCAGUCUCUGGCUGAGGAAAACAUCACUUCCAACUUCCACAGCUGGAGUCUGUCUAUGCAGAACUACAGUCGGAAUAACAAGCUGAAGAGGUUUUACAAGAUCCUAUCCACCAACAAUGAUGGAAAGAAAGAGUUCAUCUCCACCAUGGAAGCCUACCGUUACCCAUUUUACGCCGUGCAGUGGCAUCCGGAGAAAAGCCCCUUUGAGUGGAUAGAUAAGCCUGGCAUGGUUCACUCCAGCUCUGCUGUAAGAGCCAGCUUCUACACUGCCAUCUUCUUUGUUUCUGAAGCCAUGAAGAACCACCAUCGUUUCUCCAGUCCUGUGGAAGAAGAGAGGGCUCUCAUCUACAACUUCUCUCCUGUCUUCAGAGGCAUCCAUGCAGUGUUUGUGCAGAACUAUUACUUUGAUUGAUGCACAGUACUGAAGACAAAACAGACCUGGACUCAAUCUAGUCUUAACGUGUCAUCGGUAGGCCCAAGAUCAACACCAAACUUGACAGAGUCACUUUCAGUAGCCUUGAAUCAAGUCAAUAAUUAGCAGCUUAGCUUAGCUCAUUUGCACAGUAACAUGAAUUGGAGAAGUGCCAACAGUACAGAGAUAAACAUGCACUGGAAAGUAAGAAUAAAUAUAAUUAAAACAUCUUAAUGAUUUUAAGUGUAAUCAUAUAAAAGGAAAAUUAAAAAUAGUACAAAUCACUCAGUUCAUAGGUGAAAUAAGUAAGAUAUUAGUUUAGAUUUAGGAGUAAAAAAACAGAAUCUUUUAGGUUUUAGUCUGAUCCCACUUCCAAUUAACUGCAACACUUUCUAUAUUAUUCCCUUAUUGGAUAUCUUUCUAUACUGUCCUCCUAUGUUUGAUUCCUGUCUUCAAUCCAAAUCAGCUUGCAGUGUCGCAUUAUAGGACUAUAUUCAACCAAGAUUUGAAAGGGACUGAUUAUGCCAAAUUAAAUUAAAUUAAAUUAGACACAAAUAUACUAUUCUUAUCAUUGCAGUAUGUGCCCAUGAUACCUGCAGUAGUUUAACCACAUAAUAGCACUUAUGAAGUCUAAACGCCGACAUACCCAUGACAAUAAAUAGAUACCUUUGCUGUUUUUUUUGGCAACUAUUACAUCACAGCUGAAGUUUGCGUACACCCACUCCAGAUCCAAUCAUUUUCCAAAUCACUGCCAUUCCUUUUAUGUCUCUGUAAACAUUGUUUGUGAUGAGAUUCUUCUGAGUUUGCUGUCAGAUACAUUAACCCUCCUGUUGUCCUCAGGUCAAGGAAGGACAGGAGGAAGGAAGGAAGGAAGGAAUGAAGGGAGGAAAGAAAAAAGGAAGGAAGGAAGGAAUGAAGGAAAGGAGUAUGGACGAAAAGAGGAAGGAAUUAAGGAGAGAAGGCAGUGAGGAAGGAAAGGAAGAAAGAAAGGAGGAAGGGAGGCAGGAAGGACGGAAGAGAAGGAGUA